AUGUUAUUACUGGCCUUGUGUAUCGUGCUGGUGGCUCUCCUUUCGGUGUACUAUACACGUAUUCCACCCAAUUUCCCUCGAAAUAUCCCAGUCAUCCCAUUGACGAUCGUGAUCUGGGAUGCCAUACGUGGAACUUCACGGGCGGACUUUUAUAACAAGCGCAUCCGCACAUUGAUACAGAAACAUGGAGCGGUCGGGAUCUGGCAGGAUGGUGAAUGGACAAUACUAGUCGUUCGGCCGGCAUACUUAGUCCAGCUCUUGAAGGAUCCCCACGGCACAUUGAUGAAAUCAGGUUCAUAUCACAGGAUUUCGACGAGUGGUGCCGCCCAGCUCUUUGGCGAAAAUAUCAUCGACUCCCACGGUGACCUGCAUGACCAGUUCCAGAGAAUCCUGAAGCCUGCUAUACAGCGACCGUUCACUCUCGAUGGUAUGAAGAUGGAAUCUACGCGCCUUGUGCGGGCUCUUUGGCGGCAGCAGGAAUCUCAUGAAGAUGGGUCCGCGGUGGAUAUCAGGCCUCUGGUCUGGAGCUGGGCUGUCUCGAUUUAUGGAGACUACUUCUUAGAUAUGAAGUUGGAUGGGUUGGAAUAUCAUACAGCUGCCAUCCACCAAAUCGUUGGGCGACAGGGGAGACACGCUAUUGGGCGAAUGAGGCGUAUAUUCCCGUUUCUUGACUUGCUGCCCUGGAAAUGGCCAGCUGUGGAGGAACUCUUUAAGAAUAUUCAUAACCUGGAAACAGCACUUCUUGACUGUAUUGACUGUCGACUACAAACCGCACACUCGCCCACCGAUGGCGACAAGGUGAUAUACCGGUUAAGCCAAGCGCUGGAACACAAUCAAAUAUCAGAUUUCCAUUAUCGUUCCAAUGUCAAGCAAUUAUUCGUGGCCGGCCAUGAAAACGUUGAAAGUGCUGUAAGCGCCUCUCUAGUUGAACUGGCAAAGAAUCAAGGGAUCCAACACGCUCUGCAUUUGGAAAUCAAAGCUCUCCCGUACGACUAUUCGUCUUAUGACCUGGACCAACUACCGCUGUUGACAGCUGUGGUUUAUGAGACACUCCGACUUUACCCUCCACUUGGUACACUUACGAAUCGCAGAGCAACUAAGCCAACAUGGCUCGGCCCAGAUCUGUGCACCCCAGCUGGUAUUCUAGUCGGAUGGCAUGCCUAUGGCGUUCAAACUGACCCCUCAGUCUGGGGCCCAGAUGCAAGUGAGUUUGAUCCUUACCGGUGGGGAUCCAACAUCGGGACAGUCAAUGAGCGUUUCAGAAUAUGUCAGGUGAAAGGGACAUACAUUCCCUUCGGUUUAUAUUCUCGCAAGUGCUUGGGGGUGAAGUUUGCUAUUACUCAGAUGAAGGUCGGGCUUGUUGAGCUUAGUCGCAGAUUGGUGUGGAGGUCUCCUGCUGAUCAUCGAUUUUCGUAUAGCAAGGUGAGAAGCGAUAAUUGUUACUCGAUUAAAUCGUAUCACACUGACGAACUGAAAGGCACCCCUAAUCUCUCCCGCAAACUGUAG